AUGUCAGACAACGAAGACGAUAUGUUCAGGGUCAGCGAAGAUUUGAUCCCUUCAGCUGUUAUCAAGCCUGCCGGCAUCUCGGAGGUAGAUUUCGACGGACUUUUAUCACCGUCUUUGAAGCUGCAUGAAGAUAAGAAAAAUGGAUGUGGAGGGCAGCUAUGGCCGGCAGGCAUGGUAUUGAGCAAGUACAUGCUAAGGAGGCAUAGAGAAAACUUGGCGGGAAAGGAGAUUGUUGAACUCGGCGCAGGCGGUGGACUUGUUGGCCUAGCCGUAGCACUUGGCUGUCAAACCACCACCACAAUCCACAUAACCGACCAGCUCCCCAUGUUCGACCUCAUGAAAGAAAACAUAUCUCUCAACAACCUGUCCUCAAAAGUCACCGCAGUAAUCUAUGACUGGGGCUCUCCCACCCCGCCCACUGUGCCAAUUCACCCGGAUGUGAUUCUCGCGGCUGAUUGCGUGUACUUUGAGCCAGCCUUUCCGCUCCUCCAGCAAACGCUUAAGCAUCUGAUCGGCGAGAGGACAAUAUGCUACUUUUGCUUCAAGAAGAGAAGGAGAGCAGAUCUGCAGUUUAUGAAGGCUGCGAGGAAGAUGUUUGAAGUAAGGGAGGUACAGGAUGAUCUGGAUAGGGAGGUAUAUUCAAGGGAGAACAUCUUCUUGUAA